CGGGACAGGUAGGAAUGUUAUUCCGAUAUAUGACCUAAUUGCAGCAGACUGAGAGAGACAACAAAUAUGGCGGCGAUUUCCCUACCUGGUGGCUGAGUGGAUAUUUUAAGGAUACCUUCAUCUGAAUUUCACGUUUUCAUCGUCAUAUAUACCUACCUGUGUCUUUGUUCUUCGCCGACAACAACAGGAUGGACGGGUUCCCCACGGCGUUCUACCUGGCGGGUCUGGAGGACGUCAUCAACAACCCGUAUGUGCUGUUUCGUCUGGUCACCCCCACGCCCCCCAACAGAUUCCAGAAACGGGGAGGGGUGGAGUCUGCGGCGGGGCUUGUCAACGUCAUCCCCCAGAGACGGGUGUACCGUAUGGAGACCGUUGAGGAGAUUGAGAUAUUCAAACGAGAGUUGAUAAAGCGCCCCCUAGUGUUGCAGUGCAUGUCGCACUCCGGCAUGGGAUGCGGCUCCACCUCGUUCGGGUGCGGCAUCCUUCCCAACGACAGAAACUGGGUGCUGUUAAUCAACCAGACCUAUCCCAAGAUUCUCAGUCGUAUCCAGAUGGGAUGCGAUGCGGCAAAGAACGCUAUGAACAAAGGCCACCCCUUCGUCCUCAGGUUCCGGUUCGGGACGUUGCUGCAGCGGCUGCACUCGGAGAUAUUCCCGGAUGAGGAGAUGCAGACACCCGCCCUCCAUUACGCAGAGUGGGAGUUCGCGGAGGUCGUCAUCAGAUUCCCCGGUGGCAAUCUCAGCUCUGACACAGAGAGCUCUCCCACAACUGUCAUGGCCCCAGUGUGCACUGAGCUGAAUUUCGACUUUGCGGACAUCACCCUGAACGAGAUUAAACGUGUGCAAAACCCGCAAGACAAAAUACUACGAGGGAAAAUCCCAGCAAUAACAGAAGAUGAAAUACGAGAUGUGCUGCAUGGAUGGACCAUAAACGAGAUCUCGCCCUUAGACGAUAUCGGGGAGGAGCGGCCCGAGACUUACAACUAUGCGCAAGCAGGCCGCUUGUACGAGAGCUUCCGGCGGAAGAAACGACGCCAGCCCAAGGCAAGUGACAGUUCGGAAGCAGCGGGAGAGAAACCCGAUGAUAAAAUACGCAUGCACAGUGUAACAAGUGCUAAAGGCGACAGCGUAGACAUUAGGCAAGUUGAAACCUCGUUCGUGGAGGAUGACGGUGGUUUUAGCUCAGCCAGACGCAACGUGCACUCUGACACCAGACAGCCUGUCCGACCUCAGAGAAGGGGAGAUAAUUACCAACCUCGCGUGCAGGAGAAAAGAGAACAGGGCUACGGGAAUGGUCAUCUAUAUCCCGACAUCACUGUAGUGGACAAUAAUCGGGGUCGAACGUCGUCCAGCGACAGCUACUACAACAUAAGUCCAGGUCCUGGUGUGGCCAAACCGUUUGACCAAAUCCCCCACAGGGAUAGUGACCGGUCCUCUCACUCCACAGGGGGAGCCGACAGCGGCUACUCGGGGGCUGAUGAUGAUGGCUUCAGUGGUUACUAUGGCAACCGGAGGCAAGAUGGCCACCGGAAGCCAAAUGAGCCUAUGAGGGAGAGCGGCGGUCGUCAUUAUGAUCCAAUGGACAAAUACGGAAACACGCCGACGCAGAGAGCUCAUGAGAAUCACGGAUUCCGCCAUGAUGAUAACGACGAUAUUAUCCGGAAACACAAAGAGUUAGCUUCCAAAACGAAGCCAUCCGGUAGAUACGACUAUGGCGGGAAUGGUCAAUCGAGGGAUGUGUAUGAUCGCCCAAACAAACAGUACGAUGAUAGACAUGAUAAUGCCAGAUUCGGCCGUUCUCAGAAUCAUUAUGACAAUGACCGCGGUGACACCAGGCGGGACUAUUACGAACAACGUGACCGGUCGCGCGGUUACAGUAGCGAGCAACCACCGCCAAGUUAUAACAACGUGGCCGCACCGGCAGAGGGGCCGGCAUUCAGGCUUCACGAGAAGGAAGCGAUGGCUGAGAGCUUCAUCUGAUUCUGAAGGAUCGAAGUGAACAUUUUGUGGGCAAGUGACGUUGCUUUUUGAGAGGUAUAAGCUCCACUGAUAAUCUAUACUACAGGUAGAGCAUGGACUAGACAAGGGCAUCCGUACCGUAUGCAGACUAUGUCGACAAGUACGCACGGAGGAUCCAUUUAUUCGUUUAUGUAGAAUUAUACAGCUGAACAAAUGUACCUUGUAAUGUUAAAGCCACACGAAAUUCUCGUUUCUCUUCACCAGUCCACCUAAUUUAUUUCUUUUUAGACAGCACGCUUUAUUCGAUACAUGUUCCGCAUGUUUAGGGUUAUUUGCUUUUAAGUUGCACUUUUUGAUGUAACCCGUUCUUUCGGCCAGCAGUGCUGUUCGUGAUUUCAAAUUGGAAAAUUCUUUACUUUAGUUUCAGUAAAUUAUAAGUGUGAAAUAAGGUUUGUGUGUUACCGAAAUCGAAAUGAAAUUUAAACCUACUUACCCUAUUUUCUUAAUACGUCUUGAGAAACAAGUAAUAUUUUAUGUGGCUUUAGUUACUUUCUAUUUACAUGACUUUCUUUACGAUUCAUCAUAUUCAUUGCGCAUGCUCGGACGGACAGACAGUGGUUGCUCGUCACGCUGAAAUCCAUGUGUGAUUCGCCUAUGAGUAUGAAGCUCAUUCGGGACUUCCGUCGUGAGACUGCUGAAUGUGGCGUUAAACGUCCAAUUUUCAAAGCUGACACAUCGUGUAAUUUAUGUAGCUGUGUUCCUGGUGCCCAUUCUCAUCACCUGGGCCGCCACCACAAAGCCAGCUUAGCACUAAGAUCAUAACUGGGUGCUUUAUCAUUAACCCAGGCGUAGAGCUAAGAUCGCUUUGUGGAACGGUUCAUGGUUAUUUAUGGCUCUCAGAGACUUGUUCACCACUCGUAAUAGUUUCUGGAACGAAACCCACAAACUCAGCAUCGUAAGGCAAUAUAGUUUUGUUAUGUAGUUUGCUUUCAUGAAACUUGGAUUGAUUAACAUUUCCACGGAAACAUAAUUCGAACACCGUCCAAAAUCUUGUCUUCUUCAGAAAGAUCUGUGAAACCUUUAAAUGUGAUUGUGUCCUAGUACCCAUGUUCAGUCAAUGCAUGUAAUUAGUGGCAUUUGUAAAACGGAGAUAGUUUGUCUCUUGUAAUAACUGCACGAUUAAUACACUGUAAACUUCGAUGACAAUGAGGUGAUUGUGAUCAAACUGAUUGCGAGAUGGCCCCUGUCAAGAUCCCAUGUAAAUGUAAAACGUCAGAGGGACAUAAUGGUGUGAGUUAUACGAAUGAUAACAGAAAGUCGGUGAUGACACCAGGGCCCACAUGCACAAAGCGAUCUUAGCGCCAAGAUGAUCGUAACUCCCAUACUUUAACAUAGGCUUACAAUAGUCUUAGCGCUAAGAUCACUUUGUGCAAGUGGGCCCAGGUGUUCGCCACAAGGGUAAGCAUAUAUUGCCUUACCGUUAGCACCAGCCUCUCCAAAGUUGGUUGGUUGUCGGAAGCUGCACAGCGUUACUGUAAUUACACUUGCCAUCUUUAAAUUUGAUAUGGUGCUUUUCAACCGCGAGACCCAGCGGUUUUAGUCUUGUGGUGAAGCGAGACCACUGUACUUCCAGAAUAGGUACCUCUGAUAUCUGUACAUAGUCCUUGUUGUGAAACCAAGUAUACCUGAAAGUGCUGUUCACGUGUCUUAUAUCUGUAAUAAGAGCCUUGUCUCUCGGGUGCUUUUACCAACAUGUCGUAUUCACGCACCUCCGUCAACCAGCUGGGCCCGGCUGUACAAAUCGAUCUUUGUGCUAAUACUGUUUCAAAGUUAACUAAGAUGGCUUAAUGAAACCGGGUCCUGGGGUGAAUAUAUUUCGGAACAAUUCCCCAACCCCCAAACCGUCACCGUUUGUCUCAGUAUUUCGGGCGUGUGUGAAGGAUGUGUCCUGGGUUUCAGACUGUGGAUAAUUGAAUCAAUUAUACUGUUGUAUGAUAUUGUAUGUCAAAUGUUUCUUAUAACCGUGUGACCCAAUCCUCCAAGAUUCCCUUGUUUAUAGGUUUGUCAGCGCCUUACCGGUGUUUGUGGGUUUAACCAAAAUGGUAAACGUCUAAACCUGCAUCACUUGUGUGUGUGUGUGUGUGUGUGUGUGGGGGGGGGGGGGGGGGGCUUUCCUCCCACAUCCAGCGGACAAGACGUGAUAUAACCGGAGUACUGUUCAAAGGGGCGAUAACUCAAACUCGCUUAUACCGAACCUGGUUGUCCAGCACACGGGCUCUGCAGAUAGUCCGACUUUCCAUGGACUUUAUAUACACGAAACAACCUAUAACGAAUUUUGUCUUCCAUAUUCCAAAAAGUCCUGCCGAUCAUGUUUUUUUAUAUAAAAAUAUCUUCCCCUCCCUCCCCGAAAGUCAAAUCAGUCUAUAGCCAACUUCCAAACCAAACUGGUUGUUUGGGUUUUUAAAUGAUUAAAAUUAAUGGACCUGAAAUUGAUUUCUCCCCAUUUUUCCGUUAUCGCUUUUCGUCCAGCAAAAUUCUGAAUCUAUGCAAAUGAUGACCUGAGGUCUCUGUGAUGUGCAAGGCGCCAGACUGGCACCAGUUUUAUGGCACCAUGUCGUCGAAGAUGGGACAUCGCAGAGUGUAUAUACUUGUCAAGUAUUUAUCCUAAGCACUUAUGCUUUCCUAAUUGACUGUAAAUUGCAAUUGAAAGUAUUUCAUAUGAUGUUGAAAUCCUGUUGUUUUGAAAUCAGCAAAAAAUCAAAACGGUGUCUGUCAUCAGGGACCAUGAAAUAGAUCUAUUUUAGCUUCUCUGCUGUGAUGAAUUAUUUGUGACCGGACAUACACCACAUGGAAAGGUUAAGAACCAACCGAUGUUUUUCAUAUUACUAUGCUUAAUAUGCCAUGCCAUGGCUGAUAACUAUAGUAAUAUGACAAAUUGGUGGUUCUUUACCUUUUAGUAGUAUAAUUGUGAACGAGGCUUCGAUAAGAAAGUUCAAGAACCUACAUGUCUUAUUGAUGUGGGGCACUGUUUAUCUCACUGACACCACGUGGAGGGACAUAUAGUAGGCUCUAUCGGUCAGGGAGACGUGAUAACGAGUAUAGCGUAUAUCCACAUUUGUAGAUAGGGGAGCAGGUCAAUGUCACCUUCUGCAAUGAUGUUUUAGCCCACAUCCCAGAGACGUCUUUGUCAAGCGAAUCCAGCAUAAAGUUGGUGAUGCGCAGAGCUUUCGAAAAUUUCAAGUUAACAACUUUUAAUAUUCAACACGUUUUAAUACCAACGAUUGACAUGCCGUUCAUUUUCGGAGUAAAAUAUGACAGAGUUGUUACUUGUUGACUUGAAUUUAUAAAUCCCUUGAAAAGUUUAUUUUGUCUAAUACAAAAUACGCAGACCUGUGACCUUAAAAUAAUUAAUAUUUAUCCGACAUCCAACAGCUCCCUUUGACUACCAUGCAUCUUCACGAGGAAAGGGAGUUAACUGACCAUAAAAGACCAGUCUUCUAGAAACUUAACGUUUAUAGUAAGUUACUUCCCUUGCGUCGGAAAGAUGACGACCAAGUAGUUCAGUGGUGGCUGUCUUGAAUGUGCUUGUACAGUUAUUUGGUUACUAUUUAUUAGCAUAAUGCCCUCCCUGUAGCUUGUGAUAGAGUAGUUUACGAAUACAAUUUAGAGUGUAUAUUUUGAACUACAACUGUUAAAUUCAUCCAAUGUAGAUUCAUCAUAGGCUGACAGAACACAGAUCAGCCUACUCAGGAAUGCCUACUCGAGAUCCUUUAUGAAACGCGAUUUCUUGAACAGUGUACAGGACUGUACUGCUCAACGUUUGUUAGGGGAUAAGCAGAUGUGUUAUUCGAUCUACAUAUACACUUGACUCAUACUACUCAAAAGAAGUUAAAGAAUACUCAUUUUUUCAUAGACUAGACAAUCUGUCACAGCCUUCAAAUUGUUGGCGUUCAUAACUUGUUUUGAGUAUUAUAUGAUGAGAAUUAGUUUUGGGUAUCAUUGAAAUAUAAAAAUAUGCCUAUAAAAGUGGAGUAGAUAUUAUCUAUACAUAAUCCUGCUUUCCCUUUGGGAUGACGUAAGAUGUAAUUUCUUCCACUCUCUUUGUAAUAAGUACUGGUAUUUCAAGUGGCCUGCGGCUGCUCGCGUGGGAUGGAAACAAAGGCUUUUCAAUCACAGGGAUGUAAAAUUCCACCUACCUAUGUUGUUGUGUAUAUACAGUGUUCAGUGGGGUCAGUUAUUUUUUCGAAUGAUACAGAAAUGCGACAAAUGACACUGUCGAGACAAUUGUACAUUUCAUUCCAUAACCAUUAUGGUUAUUACAAAUCAUAUUUUUACAUACAUAUUUGUAAAUUUAGACAAUAAAUUAAAUAAUAUCA